AUGCCUGCGAGUUUAAAAAUCAGAACCGUGGCUCUUGAUGAGAACACUACGGAAGAGGUUUUAGAUCCAGAUUUUGGUGAAUCAGCGAUUGGCCGUGUAGCUCCUGUGGGUUCUUCUUUGUGGUGGAUUAUCCUCUUAAGAGCAUAUGGAAUGCUAACAGAAGAUUUCUCAUUACAAGAAAGGAUAGAUGUUCAAACAGGGAUAAAGCUCAUCAUGAACUUGUGUUUAGCAGAUGGAUUCGAUAUGUUUCCAACGCUUCUCGUGACCGGCGGUUCUUGUAUGGUUGAUUGUCGAAUGGGUAUCCAUGGCCACCCUCUCGAAAUCCAGUCUUUAUUCUAUUCAGCACUCAAAUGCUUACGCGAGAUGCUUCCGGUUAAUGGCAGUUCCUAA